AUUUCACAUAUCCCCAUCAAAUGUCGAAUCGAACUAUGUGGAUAUCCUUUUCCUUCUGUCGAACUUGUCAUAAUGUUAUUGUUUUGUUGUAUUUGGCAAUCAGUAAUAUAUUAAUUUUAUAUAGUAUAUUUUAUAAUUAAUUAUAUGCUAUUAUUAUGCUGCCCUUAGUAAUCAUUAGUCAAUAUUUAGAAUUUAGUCCAACUCUCGUUAAUCAUUUCACACAUGACGAGUUUUGAAAUUUGAAAAUUUGUUUUCAAGUUAAAUGGUAUAAGUUACUUUGUACCAAUUCAAUUUCAAUUUUCAUAUAUUACUGAAUUUGAAUCCAUUUCAAUAAAAAAUUUGACAAAGAUAAAAAAAAAUCAUGGCAUCAAAUACUUCUCAUUUAGUUCCGGAAAUUGAAUAUAUUCAUCAGUUAGUAUAUGAUUUAAGAUCAUGUGAAUUACAACUCAUUUUAGAUACUGUUAAACAGAACAAAUCUGGUAGCAAAAAAGUUUUACGUAAGCGUGUUUUAAAUUUGUUAUCUGCUUCUCCAAUAAAAACAAGAUUUUUGAGACAAAAAAUUUUACAAGUCUAUAAUACUAGAUUAGAAACUGACCGAAUUUAUCAACAACAUCCUCAACAACCACCACCACCACCACCACCACCAUUAAUUCAACAUUCACUUGAAUCACAUUUUUUACCACGGUAUUUUCAACAACCUUCUUCAUAUAAGGAUUUGAAGAAUAUGAAAUGUACUCUACCCUAUACAACCAAUACUUUACCACCUGUUAAUGAAGCUCAUGAUAUAUCAACUACUAAAUUUGAAAAUUUGCCAUUUUUUAAAACAAUGGGAACUUUACUGUUUCCUAUUGACUGCAAUACUGUUGUUGAUUCAGCCAGCUUUACUGGUCUUUUUUAUCUAACAGAUGAUGUUAGACAUUCAAUUUUAAAAUCGUGGAAUAUUACUAGACAAGAAUACAAAGUUCAAAUAAUUUUAAGAUUAGUUCGAAGAGGUGUUAUAGAAAAUGUUACAGAUCGUUUACCUUACAAUUUAAAUGUUUCUGUAAAUGAUUGUCAAUGCAAGUUACCUACAAUGAACAUCCCAACAAAGGCUGGCAUCACCCCAUGGAGAUGCAAUGUUCCUAUAGAUAUUACUCAGCAAACAGAUAUAAGAAAUUGUUCACAGAACACAUUAAAUAUCACUUGGUCAGAAGAUUCACAAAACUAUACAGCUGGUGUUUAUGUUGCACAGAAAUUAACUUGGAAUGAGCUUCUUGUAGAACUUAAAAAAAGACCCCUUCGUCCAUUAGAUAAAACAAAAGAAUUGAUUAAAAAAUCAAUGGAAAGUGAUGCUGAUAUGGGUGUAGAUUCUAUGUUUGCUACUAUUAAGGAUCCACUUAGUAAAAUGAGAAUGAACCUACCAUGUCGAGGUAUUGAUUGUAUACAUAUGCAAUGUUUUGAUGCUAUACAAUUCUUGCAGAUGAAUGAACAAAAACAAACAUGGAUAUGUCCUUUAUGUAAGAAAAAAGUAAGAUUUGAAGAUAUUGAAGUUGAUGAAUUUUUUUUAAACAUCCUUCAAAAUCCAAAUUUAAGUAAUGAUUGUGAAAAUGUCAUCUUAUUAGCAGAUGGAACAUGGCGUGAAAAAAAACCUAAAGAUUUUUCAAAUAUUUCCAAAAUAAAUGACAAUCAUUCUUCUAAUCACAUUGAGGUGUUUACAUUAUCAGAUUCAGAUGAUGAGGAUGAUCAUAUUCAUCAUCCAGAAACAAAACGUAAAAAAUGUAAUUCACCAAAUCUUGAAGAAUCUAUAAUAAAAUCUGAACAUAUUCUCCAAACUGAAGAUUUGACAAGAACAAAUGAUAGUAAUUCUGCUGAUGAUGAAUUUGUAUUAGACUUAAGUCUUAAGAAUAAUUCGUUGCCAUCGACUAGUUCAAAAUAUGACCCAAUAAUUACAUUAAAUGAUGAUUCUGAUCCUCAGUCUUUAACUGAAUCAUCCGAUAUAUUUAAUAGUUUUUACUUACCAAAUAUUUCAAUUUCAAAUUGCCGUAAAAAUGAAUAUAAGCCAAGUAGCUCAACUAGCUCUGGAAGUAAAAGUAAUAAACACAGAGAAAUAGCUAAAUCGCGAGAUGUUUUAUGUGUUAUAACAUUAGAUUAAAUCUUAAAUACUUAAGUUAUGUAUAUAUAUUUUUUAUUAACUGAAAAUUGAAUUUGUUCCAUUCAAAUUGACUUGUGUUUUUAAAAGAUUAGUUACAUAUUAUUGUAAUUUUUCUCUCUUAAGUUAUGAAAUAUUGUAUUAAAAUAUUGUAUUAUCCUGUCGAUAUAUCACAAAUGGUUAGAUUGGCAAACAAUUGACUUGGUUUAUUUUUUUAAUUUUGUGG